UCCUUUCACAGUGUCUGUCCACCGCUCUAGCACUGCACUCACAGUCCACUCCAAUGGCACAACUGAUUCACACGGCAGCGCAGUAACAGCUUUGAGCCGAGCCCGACCUGCCCUCGUCUACCACUGAGACCCUCCAUAAGAAGCAUGCGUCUCCUGAAUUCACUCUAAACCGCGCUGUUUGCUUCUCUCUUUCUUCCCCGAUGUAAAAAAGGCUCGUUUGCCGACUUUAAAAGCACCUCGUGGACUACGCUGCUGGUCACUUUGAUGUUUAUGUUGAAGCCCACGCCGUUUGCUGUUGCUUCUCAUGAGUGAUCUGUAGGGAGGCUCGUGGGUGAGAUCAGCUUGGCACAGGCAGCUUUUUUAGAUGCCCCUCAUGACGAUGGAAGAAGAUAUGAAAUGGAAAGGCUCGCGCCAGGCAGCCGGGGAGAGGACUUGCAGUGAGCAUCCGUGCAGAAGGAGCUUUGGGACGAACCGCAUGGACGUGUGCGCUGUGGCGGUCAGCACGGCGCUUUCUCUCGUGGCGUUUGGGAUUUGCGUUUUGGUCUACCUGAGAACCUCGGAGCUGCAGUCCAGAGUGCUCAGCUUGGAGAAACAACGGGAUCCCGAGCUUUCGGGCUGGAUCUCUCUCGAGCAGGUGGAGCCCAUUCUCUUAAGUCGUUUGGAUCAGAUGCUGGAAGAGAAAUUAGCGUCUCGUCUACCGAAGACUCGAGAGACUCGGGAAGCCCCCCACAGCUGUCUGUGCCCACCAGGACCUCCUGGUCCUCCUGGACGAGCUGGCUUUCCGGGUGACAAAGGAUCAUUGGGCAUUCCUGGAAGAAUGGGCUUAAAGGGAAACACGGGGGAAAAGGGAGCACCAGGGGAGCCAGGUCUGUCUAUCAUUGGCCCACGGGGACCUCCUGGGCAGCCUGGGACUAGAGGAUUUCCUGGCUUUCCGGGUCCCAUCGGUUUGGACGGAAAACCCGGGCAGAAUGGCCUGAAAGGGGAUAUGGGUCCCCGUGGUCCCAAAGGACUUCCUGGCGAACCAGGUCCAAAAGGCGAGAAAGGCGUGUGUGGUGAUUAUACACACCGGAUGUUGCCCAUCACCGUGCGCAACAUGCCCUCAAUAAGCCCUCUAAUUCUAAAGCGCCUGAAGCAGGGCGAGCCUGGAGCACAAGGACCUCCAGGCCCUCCCGGCCCUCCAGGGCCCCCUGGCCUGACUGGUGCUAGUGGACCACCGGGAAAACCUGGAGAACCUGGGAAACCUGGAAAAGACCUGAGGAUGCUGCCAGGAAUGAAGGGUGAACCAGGUGUACCAGGACAAAAGGGUGAUCAGGGUGAGACAGGCCUAAUUGGACCUGAGGGCCCCAAGGGAUCCAAGGGGGAUCAAGGGCUGAAGGGUGAAAAGGGCGAGCCUAGCCCUUCAGGAAUUGCUGUGAAAGGAGAACCAGGAGCACCAGGAUUACCUGGACCCAAGGGUGAAAAAGGUGAUCAUGGCAGUAAGGGUGAAGCAGGACCUGAAGGCCCACCUGGACCAAGAGGUCCCCCAGGCCCAACGGGAGAACCAGGAAAAACAUUAAUUAACAACAAUGAGAACGACAUUCGCAAUGUGCAUUUAAUGGGCCCACCUGGUCUACCUGGUCCUCCAGGGCCUCCUGGGUUACCUGGCACCAAGGGUGAAGUCGGACUUCCUGGUCCUCCUGGUCUUGAUGGAGAAAAGGGUCCUCGGGGGAAACCAGGAGAGACAGGACCCAUUGGCCCGCCAGGGCCUGAGGGGCCACGAGGAGAGGGCGGAGUCAUGGGCUUCCCUGGGCCUAAAGGAGAUAAAGGAGACAUGGGUCCCUCUGGAUCACCUGGUUUAGAUGGCCCUACUGGCGAAAAAGGGGUUGCAGGGCCUCCUGGCCCCUUUGGAUUACCAGGCUCAAUGGGUCAGAAAGGUGAACCUGGAGAGAAGGGAGAAAAAGCAGACUUGGUCUAUGGGCCUCCAGGACCUCCAGGGCCUGCAGGGCCAGUUGGGCCAAUGGGACCUCCAGGAUUGCCCGGGCCAAAGGGGGAGGCAGGAGUGGGUCUGAGAGGAGAGAAGGGAGCUUUUGGACAGAAAGGAGAAAAAGGAGACAGGGGCCACCUUGGACUCCCUGGGGCUCAUGGUUUAGACGGCAAGCCUGGUCCAGUGGGUCUAAUAGGACCGGCUGGUAUGCCCGGACCAGCAGGACCAAAAGGAGAAAGGGGGGAGAAAGGAGAUAUGGGAGUAGCAGGACCAAUAGGGCCUCAAGGCAUCCCUGGUUUAGUAGGACCACCAGGACCGACAGGAAUUCGGGGGGAGAGGGGCAAGAGAGGCAACAGGGGGGCCAAAGGGGAUAAGGGAGACCAAGGAGCCCCUGGAUUAGAUGCCCCCUGUCCAUUGGGUGAUGAUGGUCUACCAGUACCAGGGUGUUGGAAUAAAUGACGUUAAUUCCGGAAUGCCUUGUUUGAUUGUAUAUAGAAUAUUUAUUUUUGUACUGUUUUGCUCUGUUAUAUGAUGGGGAAAAAUACAGAAAAUCAUAAAAAUACUGGCAGGACUUUUGUACAGAUUGUUUAUUUUUAUUACUGGUAAUGUUGUUUAUGUAAUGGAUUUUAUACUGUGCCUAUGCAUUAUGUCAAAAUGUUUUGAUUAAGGAGGAGAUAUACUGUGGCAGCAUAUGCAUGAUAUUUGUGCAUUAUGUUAACUGAUAUGUGCCUAUUAACUUAUUUUAUAAUGGUGUUUUGAUGAGUUGUAACAGACCACGCUGCACUGAUUGGUGGAGCUGGAUAUUAUGAAGUGGCCUUCCAUGAGGAAAACCCUCGAUUCUGAGAUUAAAAUUGACACCAGCAGUUACAAAGUAUACCUAUAGAGGCAACACUGUAAUCUCUAAUGUAUACUGGAAACUACAAGGGCUCAUUUCUAAAAAUGUGCUUACCAUAUGUCUCUUCAUAUUGAGAUUUCUGUAACAGUUUACUUGUGUGACUCACAAUGCAUAAAUGAUUGGUAUUCGUAGAUGAACGUUCAGUAAAUAUUUUAAUCUCUUUGAGAGGGUUUUCUUUAAGAAUCUUUGCAGUCCAAAGUUCAAGGAAAUUAACAAAUUAACAGAGCUAUUGUUGGGCAGCUUUAAGAGGAUUAUCUCUUUGACUAUGCAAAAGCCUUAUGCGUUAUUUUUGCCUUGAUAGGCCACACGUAGAUGUAUAACGUAGAAAUUACAAUUCUGAAUCUUGCUUUAAGCAACUACUUUUUUUUGUAUGCCUUUGCCUUGUGUUAGAAUAGUGCCAAAGUCAUGUUACACAUCUGACCGAUAUUCAUGAAGUCUUCCUUUAAUUUAUAUCAUAUGUAUAUUGCUGCUCUGUUGACAAGCAAGCUGCUGCAUUUGCUUUCACGCUUCUACGCCCUAUUGUACCUCAUCUGAUCAGCAGAAAUGAAGAAAGAAGCCGAGCAAUAUACAGACUUUACUUAAACUUUUUAAAAACUUUAUGCUUUCCAUUUACAACAUGCAGUAUGUCAGGGUCACACGAGGAAGGCCCCUAGCUAAUGUUUGUUUGUUUGUUUGUUUUGUUUUUGUUCUGUUCUUUUGAUUAUUGUUUAACAAGUGUUGAAGAAGUGAUUAGUUUGAUUGAAUGAGUGUAUUGUGUGUAUUCAAUUGCUGCUGCUUACCAUGAAAAGCUCUGUCUGAACUGCAUUUAGCCUGUCAUUCAGAUGAACUACAGUCUGCAACAAUAAUCCACUUCAGUAAACUCAUCAUCGGGCUGUAAUACCUCAUACUAACAUGUGCUGUAAUGCUUCUACUCUGCCAUAGUAGUCAUGAGAAAUAUCAGAAUGUCAGAAAAGCUAUCUACGAGAACAUCAGAAGGAAAAUAAAUUGUAGUUAAACCCUU